AUUUCUUUACUGGAAAAAAUCAUGCUUUUUAAAGCUCACCCAUAUAAUUCCCACUCAUUAUCUUUGUUCCUUAAAGCUCUUCCCUUCCCACCUUCUCCCUUAUCUCCUCUCACUAUCUCUAUCUCUCUCCCCCCCUUAAACCACAUCAAUUUCAAAGCAAAAAAUUCCUCCUCUUACCCAAACAAAGAAACAAACAUAACUUCACACCUAUAUCUCCUCCUCAAAAUAUAUUCACUGAAAGAUGAGAAAAACAAAAACCCACUAUACAAAAUAAAUAAUAAAUAAAAAUAAAAACACCAAUCACACACACUUACACAAACACAUACACAUACACACUCACUUUAAUUUAUUUUAUCUCCAUGCGAUCAUGGAUGGAGGUGAUGAUCUCCACCACCAUCACCAACACCAACACCAUCACCACCACCAUCACCAACAACAGCGACAAAACUUCCCAUUCCAACUUCUUGAAAAAAAUGAAGACCAAGAAGCAGCAUCAUGUUCAACCUCUUCACCGUACCCAUCCUUAGCAAUCUCACCAACAGAACCAACCACAUCAAAUUCAAACCGAUCCAACCAACUAGUCUCCGCACCAACAACCUCCUCCGAACCAGGAAACAAAAAACCACCACCAAAACGAACUUCCACCAAAGACCGUCACACCAAAGUAGAAGGCCGCGGCCGCCGUAUCCGAAUGCCGGCUCUCUGCGCCGCUAGAGUUUUCCAACUAACACGCGAACUAGGCCACAAAUCCGACGGAGAAACCAUAGAGUGGCUCCUCCAACAAGCCGAACCAGCUGUCAUAGCCGCCACCGGAACCGGUACAAUUCCCGCUAACUUCACCUCACUCAACAUCUCGCUUCGUAGCUCUGGUUCAUCCAUGUCGGUGCCUUCUCAGCUAAGAUCUUCAUAUUUCAACCCGAAUUUCUCACUUCAACAACGCAGAUCACUUUUCCCUGGAAUCGGUUUAUCAUCUUCCGAUAACAACAGCAACAACAACACUUCAACGCUCUUAAAUUUCCAAACGAAUAACCUAACAACAAACAUGUUGCAGGCUAAACAGGAGCUUAGAGACGGAGGAGGAGGAGGAGGCGGCGGCGCACCGUCUUCUUCAACAACAUUAGAUUUAUCAGAAACAAGUGGAGAAGAAAACAUGGGAAGAAAAAGAAGACCUAGCGAACAAGAUUUAACAUCAUCAACAACAUCACAACAACAAAUGGGGAGUUAUCUUCUACAGUCAAGUGCAGGUUCAAUUCCGGCAAGUCAUACUCAGAUUCCAGCGAAUAUAUGGAUGGUAGCAAAUUCAAAUAACCACCAAGUAAUGAGUGGUGAUCCAAUUUGGACAUUUCCAUCUGUGAAUAACAGUGCUGCCGCAGCUGCUGCUUUGUAUAGAGGAGCGGUUUCAACAAGUGGAUUACAUUUUAUGAAUUUUCCACCACCUAUGGCUUUAUUGCCUGGUCAGCAAUUAAGUAAUUCAUCUCUUGGUGGUAAUAGUAGUGGUGGAGGAGGGGGUGGGAAUAUCAAUAUGAAUAUGAGUAUGAAUAUGAAUAUGAAUGAAGGACAUUUGAGUAUGCUUGCUGGUCUUAGUCCUUAUCGUCCAGUUUCUCAUCAUGAAUCUCAUCAACAAGGAAGUGGAUCACAAUCACAACGUGGUGGUAGCCAUGAUCGACAUGAUAACACAAGUCACCACUCCUAGUACAACAUUUAUUUAUUAUUACCUCCUUCUUCUUCUUCUUCUUCUUCUUCUUACAUUACAUGUUUUGCUGCUAGUACUUUGAUUUCAUCAUGUGUUUUCAUUAUUAACACACGUGAGGUUUGUUUGAUCUUAUUCUAAAUUCAGUUUUAUUAUUUAUUAUUCCCAAAAUUAAUUUUUUGGUGUGAGAGAAUGAUCCCCAGGAGAAGAAGAUAAGAAAAGAAAAGAAAAGAGAAGAAGGUUUUUUAGGGUUUGGAAGAUGAGAUGAGUGUCAAGUCAAUUCACUAUUUAAUUAACAAUUGGGUAUUUGGCUGCCUGCUUUUAUUUUUUUGUUUUUUCUCAUCCGGUGAAAAAAAAAAAUGUCCUCUUUGAAUUAUUUCACUACUACAGGGAUAUCUUAUCAUCAUUAUUGUUUAUCUCUUUAUUUAUCUUUUUGAUAUUUUUUUGAACUGAGUAGUAGUAGUAGUAGCUUUUGAAUGAAUGAAUGAAUGAAUUAAAUUGGUUUGUAAUUUGAUGCUUUUUAUAUACAUGUUGAAGAGAAGAAGGAAAACGACUUACUAUUUGAUUCCAUUAUAUGAUGCAUCACACGGUGUGAAUUAGCUUUGGUAGCUAAGUUUCCUACCUAACAGGCAUUUUGGAUCUCUGUUUCUGGGCCACAGAUUAAGGUCGUGCGGUAAAAGGGAUGAAACAGUGGAAUUUGUUACCGAAAGAGUAAUGUAAAAUAGUAAAAUGUGUAGUCCAGUGCUAAUUAUGAAUAUUAAAUUUAUAUUCAUUCUUGUGCUGAUUCUAAAUGGGUGGCAUGAAUCUGGAGGUUAACUGCAUCAAUGAUUAUUAAGAUUUAAAAAAGAGAGAGAGAUGGGACGGGGUAAUACUAAUAGGACGUAUGGUGGGGUCAAGAGCUUAUCGGUUCCAGGUGUUGCCUCAGGUGGUAGGGUAUAGCUGCUGGUUAUUGCCCAAACCAAUGUACAAUUUCACUGACAAACAG